AUGGUAUCAAGAACUGAACUUUGAAUAUACUAAAGUAGUUUUUAUUUUUUAUUAAUUUUAUAUAAGUGGAGAUUGAAUGGAGAACAAUACAAGAAGCGAUAGAAAGUUCAAGAGGAUCUGUGUAUUCUGUGGAAGCCACCCGGGUCACAGGAAAGUCUUCAGUGAUGCUGCUAUUGAGUUGGGCAAUGAAUUGGUUAAUAGGAAGAUAGACUUGGUGUAUGGGGGAGGAAGUGUUGGGUUGAUGGGGUUAAUUUCUCAGAGAGUCUAUGAUGGUGGCUGCGAUGUUCUUGGAGUCAUUCCAAAAGCUCUUGUUCCUAUUGAGAUAUCAGGGGAAACCAUUGGAACUGUAAAAAUUGUUUCCGACAUGCAUGAGCGUAAAGCUGAAAUGGCUAGGGAGUCAGAGGCCUUUAUUGCUCUUCCAGGAGGAUAUGGAACAAUGGAAGAGUUGUUAGAAAUGAUAACAUGGGCACAACUAGGAAUUCAUAAAAAACCGGUUGGUUUGCUCAAUGUUGAUGGGUACUAUAACUCUUUGCUCACGUUAUUUGAUAAAGGUGUUGAAGAAGGUUUCAUCAAGCCGGGUGCUAGGGACAUAGUUCUUUCAGCGCCUUCGGCAAAUGAGCUUUUAACAAAAAUGGAGCAAUAUACUUCUUACCAUGACCAUGUCGCCCCACAAGAAAGCUGGCAGAUGGAGAAACUUGGUGAUUACCCAACGGAACACAAGUCGUAAGGAAAUUAUUGCUUGUGGUGGGAUUUGUUUGAGUGACAGAGUGGGUUUAGAUGGGGCCUCAUAUAAUGCAUUACUAUGUGCACUUUUUCAUUCUUUGUGGUUUUGAAUUCCAGCAGAAACUGUCAUUCUUGUUUUGCAUA